ACCUAUCGAACCCCCCUCCCCCGAGCCAGCCGAUGAUUCCGCUCCCGGAACAGCGAGACAAACCCCGCAGCAUGAUGGUGACUCAGGAACUCCAUCCACGAUGAAUGAAACCGGGACCGAACCAUCCACUCCCGCUGCGGCUCACGUAGCUGUUAAGCGCAAGCGUGGCCGACCCUCCAAGGCCUCGCUUGACGAGGCCCGUCGGUUAUCCACACCUCUUCAUGAUGAUGAUGCGGGGCAGGAUACAUCUGACGUAGGAACACCCCUUACCAAUGCCGCUGGCGCAACCCCGCAAACCCACGGUUUUGGCCUCUCGUCCAAGAAACGCCGGGGGCGCCCCCCAGCUUCGGCCAAGGCCAUGCGCAGCCGAGGCGGCCCGUCUCAUGUCACCUCUGUCCCACUUGACAAGGAUGGCAAUCCUCAAGAAGUAGAAGACGACGAGAUUGUUCUCCCCGAGGAUCCCGCUGGUGAGGAGAAGGUAGAUAAGUUUGGUUACCUGCAAGGUGGCAGAGAAUAUAGGUGCCGAACAUUUACUAUCCUUGGUCGGGGAGAGCGGCUUUACAUGCUCUCCACGGAGCCCGCGCGUUGCAUUGGUUUCCGCGAUUCAUACUUGUUCUUCCAAAAGCACAAACAACUUUUCAAGAUUAUCAUGGACGAAGAUGAAAAGUUUGAUAUGAUAAAGCGGGAUCUUAUCCCUCAUUCGUAUAAGGGUCGCGCCAUUGGUGUCGUAACUGCACGUUCGGUUUUCCGCGAAUUUGGCGCAAGGAUAGUGGUCGGCGGCCGGAAAGUUAUCGAUGACUAUUGGGAAGCUCGAGAAAUUGCUUGUGGGGCCAUCGAAGGACAGCUCGCGGACCCUGAGGAUCGGCUUCCGCAAAAAGGCGAGGAAUAUAACAGAAAUCAGUAUGUCGCGUGGCAUGGCGCUAGCAGUGUGUAUCACACAGGCCAGCCGAGCGUUCCCAUGCCCCAGGGGAACCAGCAGGCACGGAAGAAGAAAGUAGUCGUUACAGAUACCAAUUGGAUGCUCGAGCACUCACGAGCUGCAAGGUUUGUGUUGCCACCCUGGUUACGCUCUUUACCUUUGUGACAUUUGCCAAGAUCCCGACUGACCUCUCUUCAUAGCCAAUUCAACUCCCGCCUUCUUACCCAGCGCCAACAGUCUUACUCCAAGGGUGUCUACGAACCGCACACCAAUCUAAUAUUCCUCCCAGAAGGCACUCAACCCACGCACGCCAAAUGGCAGCACCUCCCUACCGAUGACAUCUCAAAAGAGAACGCUAGAGGUGUUGUCAUCGAAACCAUCUUUGAAACCCCUCCUAAUAAUAUCACCCUCGGCCUCGACUCACACCUUGGUUUCACUGACUGGAGCCAGACCGCUAUCGACAGUUUGGAAACAGAGGAAGAGAGGAUUGCUGUUAGAGAGCAGAUUAAGCGGCAAAAGGUCUGGAGGGAGAAGUGGGGUCUUGGUGAGGAUGGAGGAUUGAGCGGAGGUUUAGCAAUGUUGGUUUAGAACAGUUUUCCUUCCCCCCUGGAUUCUCUCCCCCUUCAUUUAUUCAUGUUGAUGUAUUAUUAUUAUGAUUACCAUGUAUCUUUCCCCGCAUUUAGUUGGUAUCUCUUCCUAGAAAAUGAAUUUGUAUGUGUGGGAGCAAGGUUGCUGGGUACAUCGUGCUUUCUAGAUCUUGUGGCUUCGGUAGCCUUUUUUUUUUUUAUUAGUGAGGGGACGGUUAUGGCGCAAUGUACUAUUAUUCAUCCUU